AUGCUAGAUAAUCCAAAAAUAUAAUUAGAAACAGACAUCAUUCUUCAAGGAAUGGAAUACGUCAUUAGCAUGCAAGCUAGUGAUCAUUUGCUUUAUAUAGAAUUAGAAUCUAAAUAUGAACCUCAGAUCUGGAAAAAUACUUACACCAUUGAUUAUAUUGAAGAACUUACUCGCAAGACAGGAAACCCAAAAAAAUUUAACAUAUUUCUCUCCAUGUUAUAAACUGCAUUACAAAAAACUAACGAGAAUGUUUUAUUUGAAAUUUUGACGUAUCAAGAUCUUGAGAAUCUGAAAUAAUAGAAAUCAUAAGAUCAAAGCAAUCUUUCUAGAACAUCAUCCAAUAAUUAGAAAGUCAAUAAACGAUAUCUGAUUUUGUCGUAUUAAACUGAUUUUGAAAAAAUUCAUUACCCUUUGGCCUUAAAUUAUGAAGAAUAAAUUGAAAACUCUAGAUUAAUGACCAAAAUACAGAAUCUAAAAACAGAACUCUUUGAUUACAAACUCUAAAAAUCAAAUGAUGCAGAUUUCUAGGCUUCGAAUUCAUUUUCCAAAAGCAAAAGGGAUAUUUAAACUCCUGAUUCUCUAGUGAAUCAAAAUGAAUUAUUGAAAGCCAAAGUAAAGAGAUUGGAAGAAGCUUUGACUUAAAAAAAGGGGGCAGUUGAAGUAGAUUAAUUAGUUCGAGAUAAUGAAGACUUGUAAAAUAUGUUUACUACAUCUAAAUUAUUAUAUGAAGACAAAAUCUAAAAGUUAGAACAACAACUCAAUUAAAAAAGCACAGAAAUUGUCAUGCAAAUGGCUGAAAUAAAUGCUUUUAAGAAGGAGUUGACACAAUUGAUUGGCAAAGUUGAAAUGGACAGUAGAAUCAAAGAUCAUAUCAGAUUAAUGAAUGAGGAGGAGGAAAGCAAAUUAGUGAAAGCCUAAAAAACAAUAUAAAAAUACGAAAAAGAAGUGGAAGGCCUUAAUUAAUAAAUAGAUUCGUUAAAGAAAUAAGACACAGUCUAAAAAAGAAGAAUAAAUCAAUUGGAGACUGAACUAUCUUAAUCGAUGAAAAAGUUUAGUUACAAGGGAGUUACUGAUAGGCUUUAUUCACCCUACAGUAAUCAUUCCAAUGGAAGUAGGAAGUCUAAUUAUUCUGUUCCAAAUAGAUUAAACUCGAAUAAUUCAUCUGGGAAUGCUUCCCCUAAUGUAAGACAAGCUUCUCCAGCUUUAAGCAAGAAUUCGCGUACUUCCACUUAAAAUUCAGCUGCCUAUCAGAAACCGAAGUUCUAUAACACUUCUCCAAUGAAUAAACAGCCCAUUUAGAAGAAACCCUCUCCGGCAAGACCAUAAUAAUAGAUGAGACCUACUCCCAAUAGGGCAUCUCCAGUUGCUUAAUAGAAACCUUCUCCUGGGAGAAAUAAUAUCUUUAGAUAGCCAUCUCCUCCAAGAUAAAACUACUAACAACAAAAGAUUCAGCCAUAACAAUAAGUGAAAUAAAGGACUAAUCAAUCUGCUAAUAAUUAUAAGUAGCCAAUGAAGCAGGUGCAUCAAUAUGAAAGGAAGUCUGGAAAUGUGACGGAUCUGGAUAAUAAAAUAAAUAAUUUAAAAAAUAUUUUAUAAAGAGCGAAAAGAUGA